AUGACGACCCCGGUUCCAUCCUUCAUCCGAGGAGAUCUGCUGUCUUCGGUGGCCCAGCGCAAGACGGCUCGCACUGCUCGCAUCUCCAGCUGGGACCAAUCCGGCCUCAACGAGGAUGCCUUCGUCGUACAGCCGGGCGAGACAGCGGUCCUCGCCGAUCUGGAGGGCCCGGGCAUGAUCACGCACCUGUGGUUUGUCCAGACCUGCCGGCGCAUCCUCGGCCCGGGCCUCAUUCCGUACUCCAAGUCGGGCGUCGCCAUGAUGGAGAUCCACAACGCCCUAGGUCUCAGCUACGAAGACAGCGACCCCGACUACUACCGCAAGGUUCUCAUCCGCAUGUACUGGGACGACUCGGAGACCCCGAACGUCAUCGCCCCCAUUGGCGACUUCUUCUGCCUGGGCCACUCUAUGGCCGCCAACUUCCAGUCCCUCCCCUUCACCGUGUCGGUCAAGCCGUCCGAGGAGAAGAAGUUCGGCGGCUCGGCCGCCUUCAACUGCUACCUGGCCAUGCCCUUCAACAAGCGUGCCCGUAUCGAGAUUGAAAACCAGGGCGAGGACGCCUACUUCCAGUACUUCUACAUCGAUUACGAGCUGCUGCCUGCCCCCUUCGACCCGAACGAGAUCCUCUACUUCCACGCCCACUGGCGGCGCGAGAACCCCACCAACGGCUGGGCCCCGAACGCCAUGCAGACCAACAGCCUCGAGACCCAGGUCCCCAACCUCACCGGCGACGGCUACACUAUCCUCGAGACGACUGGCUCGGGCACCUUCAUUGGCUGUAACCACUCGGUACUCCACCACCAAGGCACCUGGUGGGGCGAGGGCGACGACAUGAUCUUCAUCGACGACGACACCUGGCCGCCCAGCAUGCACGGCACCGGAGGCGAGGACUACUUCACCCAGGGCUGGGGCAUGCAGAAGAACGCCUACCCCUUUUGCGGUACCAUCAUCCACGAAGAGGACGUGCCCGGUUACCAGGUCUCGUACCGGUGGCACCUGGCCGACCCGGUCCGUUUCAACAAAAAGAUCACGGUCAAGCUGGAGCACGGGCACGCCAACCACCUGCGCGACGACUGGUCCACCACGGCAUACUGGUACCAGACCCUGCCGGGGCCCAAGCUGGAUAUCCUCCCGGUCAAACAGCGACUACCCAACAGGCCCACCGUCGCGCCGCCCCCUGAGCCGGCCGCUGACAGGUCCCUGACGGACUUGCAGCAGCAGUUGAUUAAGCAGAGAGAAGAGAGGCUUGAGGCCUUUGUGCAGGACCGCAACCAGUGGCUGCAGAGAAGGGCCGAGGCAUCCCGAAAGAGAGCACAAAAUAAUGUCGAGAUUGCGAAGGAUAUCAGGAAGCGCUUCAUCAAGAGCUUGCAAGGUUAG